AUGACAUCAGAGGGGAAAUGUGUUUACCACGAAUCUCGCUGUCAAAUAAAUAUCUCCGUUUCCCAAAUCGACCAUGAGAUCAAGAAAGCCGAUCAACACGGAUACACCAAAGUGUCCGACGCAUUAAAACGUCUCAAAGCCGCCUGGUAUGCGCUUGAUUCGCCAGACAAUUUAGAUCUAUCUUCUCAGACGAUCGAGGCCAAUCGACUUGAGACUGUCCAUGUCGAGCUCAUGAGCUCCAGUGACCACCAGGAUAUCUCAGCUGUCACUGGUGAAGAGAUUAGGCUUUUUCGAGACAGCGCGAGGUCCCUUUCAGAUCAAAUCCGCGCUACCGAACAUCCCAAGUCAGCUCAGCUGGCUGAACUUUCCGACGCAAUCAAGGAAUGCUAUGAUGCAAUAACGGAAGUUGCGGCUUCGUCCAAGGGACUGAGGGGUAUACUUCGUUGGUCUCCGGGGGUGUUUGUCGUGAGAAGGAUUUUUCAGUCUCGGUUGAUGAAAGCUCGAGCAGAUUUCGAGGCUAUGAAGCGUGGAGUGGAGGGGAACAAACAGGUUCAGUGA